GUUACCCUUUUUCAUUGAGGUAUUCCGUCUAGCCGGAGCAACAGCUAUGGCAAUCAAUGGAUUCAAUGCCGUGUUUAGUUUGACGGUUAUGAUGCUGCUCAUGAUGGCUGCCGCUGCUGCAAACGAAUACACUAACCACACCGUUGGCGGUGAUGCCGGCUGGUUCUUCGAUCCCGUGACCGACACCUCUGUUAGUAAAUUACACUUCUUUUGUGUUGCUUUCAACUCUUCCUUCAUUACUUCAUACCAUCUUGAAUCUACAAGGCCAGUUUUAAGUGUUCAAGCUUCCUCUAGAAUAGAAAUUGAACGAGGGGAAGCACUAUAAGGUAUAAGUCCAGCCUUUUCUUUUCCUCGUAUCUUCAUUAGAUGUGUAUUAACGCUUAAAUGACAUCUUGGAUCAAGGUUAGAUGAAGAAAUAAUAUUAGUAAAACUUGAGUUGGAAAUAUUUGAAGGGUUUCAAUGGCUUGCUCUUUGUGUACUAGGCUCGUAACCAUCAUUUAUGGGAGGUUCUACAUUCUGAUUGCCAUUUGCUAAAGGGGAUCACAAGUCAAUUUAGGUAGUGCUAGAAUAAGAUUUCUUGCAUCAC